GUCUUCGCUGUAUAGGUUGGCUUCAGGAUUUCGUAGUCGUGUGCUCACAGUCAUGUUAUGCAGUGAGGCCUCCUUCACGUGUGAUUGAUUCUGACCGAAGAAAAGCACGCACUACGGAUACCGGUACAACAACGCUUGUAAGAUUGAGAAGUGAGGUUAGGAAACAGACUGCGAUAUCACCAGUUCCACGCUUCACUUGUGGCGAAUUUUUUAAUACGCGCACAUUUCGUAUUGAUCACUCAUUACAAAAAAAAAAAAAAAAAAAAAAAAAAAUCAGCUACCGUUUCUUGCAUGGAGGUAAGAAUAAUUCUUACCUCCAUGGUUUCUUGAGAUCAAGGUGUUUCUAACCUCCUUGCUCGCAGCCGAGAAAUGAGCACCCUGUUACAACAGAAAAGUGUGCUCCGUUAACAAACCGAUAAUAUAAUACAGUUCGUGGAACUUAGCCAUCUGGCUAUCGUUUAAGUAGUUAUUGAAUAGGUAUUUGUAAGAUUUUCGUAUCGUGGUUGAAUUAGAUUCCAUGCACAACGAACCGGUGUAGGAUUUUGAGUUUUAAUAUUAUUUAAGGUGCAAACGGUUCGGAAUGCAAAUCUAACACGCAAUGAAUCUCAAAGUACGUGCGUUUCGACAAGUAUUUUGAUCCGAUUUUAUGGAGCCUAAUCGUACAGCGUGAGUUACGGAAUCGAUAGCGAACGCUGAUAUUCUGUAAACAAAAAUGUGAUGACGCGUUAACAAUUUGCUAGCGGCAAAUAUCCACUUGUUAUGGGCCACACUCUCUCGUAAACGUAAACGAUGAUCAUGGACUUACCAUCUACAUUUGCGAUAGUGGGCACUAUAGUCCAUUCGACAGAACUGAGCACUAUAACUGUUAUAGAGAAUGGCGUGUUGCAUGUUGCAGAUGGAAAGAUUGUGUCUGUGGGUUCGGGAAGUUAUGCGCCCGAAGGGGUUACCACAGUACGUCUAACAUCAAACCAGUUCCUGAUGCCCGGCCUCAUCGACUCGCACAUCCACGCGCCACAGUACCCAAACAUGGGCCUCGGCUACGACAAGACUCUACUAGAUUGGCUCGACACGUAUACCUACCCUAUGGAGACCAAGUACAGUGAUGUCGAGUUUGCACAGACUGUUUACAGAAAAAUUGUGGAAAGAACUCUGCAUUGCGGGACGACGACAGCUUGCUACUUCACGACGAUCCAUCCCGAGACGGCGCUACUUCUGGCCCAGGAGGCGGCGGCGCAGGGGCAGCGCGCACUCGUCGGCAAGGUCUGCAUGAACAUCAACGCUCCCGACGACUACACUGAGACUACAGAACAGUCCGUCACGAGCACCCAGCAGUUUGUACAGGACGUCGCCAAUCUGGGGUGUGAUUUGGUAAAGCCAGUGAUUACACCACGAUUUGCCAUUAGCUGUGAUAUGGAACUCAUGACGAAGCUUGGGAAGUUGGCUCAGCAGAAUAAUCUUCAUGUACAGUCGCACAUAUCAGAAAAUGAGGGUGAGGUGCAGACAGUUGCAGAAAUGUAUCCCAACUGUGCGAACUAUGCCGAAGUGUACGAUAAGGCAGGUUUACUGACAAGCAAGACAGUGAUGGCCCACGGAGUCCUGCUGAAACCUGAAGAAAUCACUCUGCUGAAGGAGAGGGGGACAUCGAUAUCCCACUGUCCCACAUCCAACAUCAACCUACAUUCGGGUGUCUGCCCCGUGCGGACGUUGCUGCAGUCCGGCCUCACAGUCGGUCUCGGAACAGAUGUGUCCGGAGGCAGCACAGAGUCGCUGCUGGACGUGAUGCGCAGUGCCCUCAGCGUGUCUGUGCAGAAGGGCUUCGACGACAGCUCUCAGCAGCCUCUGAGUUACCAGGAGGUCUUCUACUUGGCCACCAUGGGAGGAGCCAAUGCUCUCUCUAUGGGCAACGAAGUGGGAUGCUUCAAGGCGGGCAUGCAUUUCGACGCGCUGGUUGUCGACUUGAAUGCCGGCCCCGGCACUGUCAUCUUUGAAGACCUGCCACUGAAACCCCUGGAAAUGGUGCAGAAGUUCAUCUACUGCGGCGAUGACCGAAAUAUCACCGCCGUGUUUGUCGAAGGGCGCGAACUCAAGGCGACAGCAGCAGCCGACGUGCGGCAGUUUGACUGACAAACUGCUGAGCCGGGUACAGCGAUGUGCUGCUGAAGUACACUAAAUUACUUGCGACACUUUCACCUCACUUUGCAAUAAUGUAUUCUGUCGUACGAACAGAAUAAUUCUUAAGAAUUUAGCCAGUUUUAGCUGCCUGUGAAUAUAAUAAUUGAAGCGUUCUCUAGAACAAUGACUUAACUGCAAUUGAAAUUGGUCAGAAAUUCUUACAUAUUACACUACCAUGUCAUAUACUGUGAAACAAAAAUAUUUCAGCCGCGCGGUCUAGGGCGUCUUGUCACGGUUCGUGCAGCUCCCCCUGUUGGUGGUUUGAGUCCUCCCUCGGGCACGUGUGUGUGUGUGUGUGUGUUGUCCUUAACAUAAGUUAGUUUAAGUCAGAUUAAGUAGUGCGUAAGCUUAGGGACUGACGACCUCAGCAUUUGGUCCCAUAAGACCUACCCACAAAUAUCCAAAAAACAUUUCAUUUAUAUUUGACUGAAAUUUAGUCAAUCCAAGAGCAUUUGAAAUUAAUUUUAAAAAACCCUAUUUAAAAUGUUUGAUGCUCUUUAUCUCUAUCCCAGUAUAUUUCAUUUAAGAAGUUGUUCCAGAGAAUGCUCUACUUGUAACACUGACAGAACACAAGGAAAUUUUAUUAAGUUUUUUUCUAAAAUAAGCUGAUCGCUUUUAAAGAACUCUCCAUUACUCUUCUUCCGUAUGUCCAGUUGGAAGUGGUAGCUCCUGUGUAUUUCUCUCUACUGUUUUUCUAUGUUGUCAAAACAGUAACACACCCUGGAUUUGUGUUGGUAGCACUAUGAUGACUUGUUUGUAAUAUGUUGUGAUUGCACAAACAUCCCUCAAGAGUCAGUCUGUGUGUUAGUGAAAACUAUAUCAAAAUACCUACAGUAGAUCCUGAACACAGGCAAGAACUGUGGUGGCAGACUUUAAUUUAUAAUAUGUGUAGGUUGAUGUCCUAUCAUCUCCCAUUUCCCAUAUGCAAACAAACAGAAAUAAUGUAAAGCGAGGUCAUGUGCACACCACGAGGGAGCUAUGCUGAUUUUGGCCAAAAAUUUCUGCACUAAGAUGGCUAUAUGAAAGCUACAUUGCCAUGGUGGGGGGGAACCCAGCCAAUUAUCUGUUACAAAUUAGGUCUCCCUUGUGUAUGCAAUUCUACAAUAUUCUCGGACCCUGCAAAUAGGAAAACUGAUAAACAGUCUGACCUAGUGGAAGCAACUCUGCAUGUUUUACCCACUCCCUCACAUAAAAAGUUUCAUAAAGCAUUUUUAAAGAUGAUACAAGGAUGUCCUCCAGGGGCUAGCUUUGCUCCCCUCCCUAUGUUAAAAUCUGCUGAACUGAAAUACAGGAAAUCCACUUUCAAUUUAGUACUCUGUCUGAGAAGCAUGGCAUAUGAGACAGAGUUAGUUAUUUGGAAUUAAGCUUAAAAUCGAAAUGGUAACUGGUAGGAAGAUGAACUGCGUACGAAGAGAGAUUGUGACUGGGGUUGUAACAUGAGAACAAUAUGUGAGAGAAAGAAAGUAUUUGUUGCAGUGCAGUGCUGAAUGAUUACAGCAAAAUGAAGAAAGCUGAGAAGAAGAGAUGGUAACAGUAUUCCAGAAGAACAGUUGAUAAGAAGAGGAAAUGGGAACAAAAACAGAUGAAAUUAAAGGGGAGGGAUACAAGAAAUAAGGGUGAACAGAAAGUGAUAGGCUGGUGUAGAUCAGGUUUAGUGACAUAUCAGAAUGAAAACCCUAUAUAUAUAUAUAUAUAUAUAUAUAUAUAUAUAUAUA